AUGUCUGACGUUGAAGACGACCUUCUCGAUCUUGCGGGUAGAUCCUCAGACGAUGAGGGUUCCGAUAAUGGAAGUAGACGUGGAUCGGCAUCGCCGCCGCCAGCCAAGAGGAGUGGCUCAAAGAGGGAAACAGGGAGCAAGGCGCGGAGAGGAGGCGGCGAUGAUUCCGAGGAGGAGGGCGAGGCGUCCUCUGCCCCUGGAACGCCAAAUUCACUUGAGUCUGCUCCCAUGGAUGAAUCCGACUCGGACGCGGAGCCAUCUCGAGGACGAGCUGUCGCUGCGGACGAUGAUGAUGAGAACUACCCAGUCGACGGUCGAUACAGGAGUCAGAAGGAAAAGGCAGAGAUCAUGGCUCUACCGGAACUCGAGCGCGAGCAAAUCAUUGCCGACCGAAUGACGGAGAUUGAGCGCCAGCGCCAGAACCGCCUGCUUCGUCAAAUGGUCAGUAACAUGGAGAAUGAAGAGCGCAAACAGGUUAAGAAGAAGCGCAGUGCUGGAACUGCCGAGUUGGAAGAUGGCGAUCGAAAGGCAUCCCGGCCACGCACGGAGAGUAAGAGAGGAACCGCAAUGGACUCACUACGUCAAGCCAAGGCAGAAAAGGCACGCCGGCGUGAGGAUCUCGAGAAACGGAAAGAUAAUUACUCUCCGCGCCGGGGUGACUCCGGGGCUGAAGACAGCGAUGACGACUACAACCGUGGACGUUCGCCUACACCCGAUGUUGACGAUGUUCGCGAUCAGCCACCAGCUGAGCUGCGUGACUAUGAUCGUGUCCGAUUAGGGCGAAAUGAGUUUGCGCAGGUCUGCUUCCACCCUGGGUUCGAGCAAGGCAUUGUUGGAUGCUAUAUUCGCAUCGCUCUGGGACCGCAUCCUGAAUCUGGCAUAGAGCAAUAUCGUAUGGCAGUGAUCAAAGGAUUUUCGACCGGCCGACCGUAUGCUAUCCAGGGGCCUCAAGGUGUGCUUGUUACCGAUCAGUACGUAAAGGCGGCGCACGGCAAAGCGAUCAAAGAGUUUCCUUUCAUCGCCGCCUCGAGCGGAAAGUUCACAGAUGGCGAACUCAAUCGUUACAAAGUUACGUGCCACAAUGAGGGCGUCACUCUUCCGACUAAAUCCUUCUUAACGGAUAAGGUUGAUGACAUCAACAGACUCAUUAACCAUUCAUGGACUACCGAAGAGAUCAAAGCUCGUCUCGCGCGGAUCAAUGAGUUGAAACGUCGAUUUGAUCCGGCGGAACGAGAACGUAUUGCCAGAUUACUCGAUGAAGCCAGACAGCGUGGUGACGACGACAAGGCCGAAGAGUUACAAGAGGAACUUGACAACCUCGGCUCGCAGCGUUUGGCGUUCAGGACGAGCUUGGGGCCUUCCAAACAUUCCGAAGCACCUAAGGCACAAACUGAACAAGACCGAUUAGCUGAGCGUAACCGCGAGAACCGACGUUUGAACGCGGAAGCCGUACGGAAGGCCCAAUUGAAGGAGAAAGCCAAAUCCAAGGAAAUUGAGGCGGCUCUCAAACGUGGCGAGACAUACCAGGGCGACAUGUCGAGGCGCCUAAGGACAAAGGCCAAGUUUGUUCACGACGAUAAUGAUAAGGUGGAACAAAAGCCAGCGACCAACGGGAGUGGAACUGGUACCCCCGGAAACGGCACCCCAAAGCAAGCUGCGAAGUCUCAGUUAUUACCUCAUCUGGUUAAAUUGCAAGAAGAGAAGCAGAAGGAAAAGGGCAUCCCGACGAUUCAUAAACCCCUGAUGGACGACGAUGUUAUCGGGUCACUAGACCUGGAUAUUGAUGUCGAAAUUUAA